UGACUAUUACCUGCUUUGGUGACAGAAAGCCCACAGUGACAACGAUGAGGUGGAGAUGCGUGUGGUUGUGUUUCCUGGCUGUUGCCAGUGUCAUCGAUGUCCAAGCCAGACUGGUUGGCAACCAUGUCAGCAGCAUCUGCAGCACAUGGGGCAGAGAGCACUUCAAGACAUUUGACGGAGCUGUGUACCAGUUCCCUGGUAUGUGUGAGUACAACCUGGCCUCCGACUGCCACGAGUCCUACCAGGAUUUCUCCGUGCACGUGAAGAGGAAAGACAAAGAUGGAAACCCUACAGUCAGUCAUGUGGUGGUCACCAUCAAUGACUUUUUGUUUUACCUUACCAAGGACAUGGUCACUGUGAAUAACCUCCCUGUCAAAAUACCAUACUACAAUGCAGGUGUAACAGUGGAACAAAAUGCUGUUUACAUCAAGCUCCAAUCUAAAGUCGGCAUCACUGUCAUGUGGAACGGUGACGAUGCAGUCAUGGUGGAACUGGAUACUAAUUAUGCAAAUCGUACCUGUGGACUUUGUGGAGACUUCAAUGGUGUUUCUGUCCAGAAUGAGUUCAUUCAUAAAGGUCGCAAAAUCAGCCCCAUUGAGUUUGGCAACAAACAUAAAGUCCAUCUUCCAAAUGAUGAUUGUGAGGACCCCUAUGAGGAGGAAGAUGAAUCACUGGAGGCUGUGCUGGAUUCAUGCAAGGAGUUUCAAACCAUCUGUAACCAGAUGCUGCGUUCAGAGCCCUGGAGCUCCUGCACCACACUGAUCAACCCUGAACCUUACAUUCAGGCCUGUGUGCAGGACAUGUGCGGCUGUGCCAACAGAACAAACGACUUCUGUGUCUGCAGCACACUGUCUGAGUUCUCUCGGCAGUGUUCCCAUGCAGGAGGACAGCCUCCCAACUGGAGGACACCUCAGUUCUGUGCUAAACAGUGCCCAUUCAACAUGGUUUAUAAAGAGAGCGGUUCUCCUUGCAUGGAUACAUGCACACUUCUGGACACCGGUUCACUGUGUGAGGACCACAAAAUGGACGGCUGCUUCUGUCCUCCUGGAACUGUGUUUGAUGAUAUUUCCAUGAGAGGGUGUAUUGCUCAAUCUGAUUGUCAGUGCAAACACAACAAAAUCUAUAACUCCGGUGAGGUCUACCGACAGGACAGAGAGGAAUGUACAUGUGUUGAGGGUAAAUGGGCUUGUGAGAGCCUUCAAAUACCUGCUACAUGUGCAGUUGAAGAGGGUUCACAUGUAACUACCUUUGAUGGAAAAACCUUCACCUUCCAUGGAGACUGUUACUACACCCUAGCCAAAGUGGAAAGCAAGGAUCAUGCAAGUCCAAAGUUUACAAUCCUGGUUCAGUUGGUGCCGUGUGCAAAUCAAGAGUUUGACACUUGUCUAAAGAGCCUUAAAAUCCUGCUGAACAAUGACAGAAACAAUGUAUUAAUGUUCACUUCCGAUGGCAAAGUGAAGCAGAACAUGCAGACCAUCAGUUUGCCAUACCACUCAGGUGACAUCAACAUAUUCCAUGCUUCAUCCUUUCACAUCUUGUUCCAGACCACUUUUGGUUUGCAAAUUCAGAUCCAGCAUGUGCCAGUCAUGCAAGUCUAUGUCAGCCUGGAACAAAGCUACAGAUCAAAGACACGUGGCUUAUGUGGGAACUACAACAUGGCCCUGUCUGAUGACAUGAAGACUCCUCAGGGAAUGGUGGAGGGAACAGCAGCAACUUUUAGUAACUCCUGGAAAGCUAACCUAAUGUGCCCAGACAGAGAGGAAAGACUUGAGGACCCCUGUUCCCUUAGUGUGGAAAAUGAGUGGUACGCUAAACAUUGGUGCGCCUUGCUGCUGAAUCCAGACAGCACCUUUGCACAAUGCCAUUCAGCAGUAGAUCCUGAGAUGUACUACAAGAGAUGUACGUAUGCCAGCUGUAACUGUGAGAAGAGUCAGGACUGCCUGUGUGCCGUCUUCUCUUCCUAUGCUCGGGCUUGUGCAUCAAAGGGAGUGAUCUUGACAGACUGGAGAGAGAAUGUGUGCGAUAAAUACACAAGGAGCUGCCCAGCAUCUCAGAUCUUCUCUUACAAGCAUCAGAGAUGCCAGUUGACUUGCAAAUCACUGGGCACAAUGCAGCCAAGUUGCACUUCUGACUUCUUGCCUGUGGAUGGCUGCUCCUGCUCCAAGGGUCUGUACCUAAAUGAAAAUGGCAUCUGUGUCCCCAUGGAAAAAUGUCCCUGCUACCAUAACGAAGUCUACAUUAAGUCAGGAAAGUCCAUCAACAUCAAAGACGAGCACUGUGUGUGUACCAAUGGAAUGCUUCAUUGCCAUUCUUGGAGAGCGCGCUCAUCAACAUGCCAUUUUCCAAAAGUGUUUUUCAACUGCUCCACUGCAAGCACCAGAGAGCUGGGACUGCACUGUACUCGAACUUGUUUAAAUCUGGACAGCGAUGAUUGUGAGUCCACAGAGUGUGAAUCUGGCUGUCGGUGUCCAGCUGACCUACUAGAAGAUGGCAAAGGUUCCUGUGUGAAAGAAAAUGAAUGUCCUUGUCAGCACGAUGGGCAUAUUUAUGCCCCUGGAUCACAAAUCCCUCACCAGUGCAACAUCUGUACCUGCAAAAGUGGAAGCUGGGAGUGCAGUAAGAAUAAAUGCCCACAAACUUGCAUUAUUUAUGGUAGUGGUCACUACAAUACAUUUGAUCAGCGAACAUAUGGCUUUCAAGGACAUUGUUCCUAUGUUGCUGUUAAGAACAAAUGUGGCAAUAAAACAGUACAGGACAACUUUGGAGUAAUCACAGAAAAUGUACCGUGUGGAUCUACAGGCACUACAUGCUCCAAAACUGUUAGAAUCCAACUCGGGCGAAUGGAAAUCAAACUAUCAAAGGGUAAUUAUGAUGAGGUGGACCUGGGACGUGGUGCUGAGAUUCAGUACAGAAUAAGGAAGGUUGGCUUAUAUGUGGUGGUAGAAUCUGCCAUUGGUCUGACGGUGAUGUGGGAUGGCAAAACAACUGUUCGCAUCAUCCUGGAACCACAGCACAGCGGAGAGGUAUGUGGCCUGUGUGGAGAUUUUGAUGGUGAUGGACAGAACGACUUCACCACUCAGGGUCAGCUGGUAGUGAGCAAUCCGAUAGAAUUUGCAAACAGCUGGAAAGUGUCAAGCGAAUGCCUAGAUGUGGAAACGAAUGCUGACCCUUGUGGAGCAAGACCCAAUCGACUUCACUGGGCACAAAAGAUGUGCAGCAUUAUAAUUGGAAAAACAUUCCAAGAGUGCCACAAUAAGGUAGCCCCCCUGCCAUUUUAUGACAACUGUGUAAGAGACUCAUGUGCCUGCGACUCUGGAGGAGACUGCGAGUGUUUCUGCUCAGCAGUUGCAGCUUAUGCUCAAGCUUGUAAUGAGGCUUCUGUCUGUGUUGCAUGGAGAACUCCAGAAAUCUGUCCUGUCUUUUGUGAUUACUACAACAGCCCAGAUGAAUGCAAGUGGCACUACAACCCUUGCCACAAACCUUGCUACAAGACCUGUUUGAAUCCAGAAGAAAAAUGUAGCAAACUUUUACCCAACCUGGAAGGCUGUUACCCUGUAUGCCCUGAAGAUAAGCCCAUAUUUGAUGAGGAGACCGGGAUGUGUGUGGAGGAAUGUUCAGGUUGCUUUUACAACAACACUAGAUACGAGGAAGAUGAAGUUAUUUACAAUGUAACUGACAAUUUGGGAAUGUGCUACUAUGCAAUAUGCAGGAAUUCAACAGUGAUACAUGAAAAUGAACCUUGCCCUAGUACAACUGUCCCAACACCAACAACAACUAUUCCCACCACUACACGUGUAACAACCCCAACUGAACCUACUACUACAACAACAACAAAAUCAACACCACCAACUAAACCUACUACUACAAUAACUGAAGAGCCAACCACAACCACGAAAUCUACACCUGAACCAACUGAACCUACUACCACCACCAAAGAACCAACCACAAAAUCUACAACCCCACCAACUGAACCUACAACCACAACUGAAGAGCCAACCACAACCACACAAUCUACAACACUACCAACUAAACCUACAACUACAACUGAAGAGCCAACCACAACCACACAAUCUACAACACCACCAACUAAACCUACAACUACAACUGAAGAGCCAACCACAACCACACAAUCUACAACCACACCAACUGAACCUACUACUACAACCACAACUGAAGAGCCAACCACAACCACAAAAUCUACAACCCCACCAACUGAACCUACAACCACAACUGAAGAGCCAACCACAACCACACAAUCUACAACACCACCAACUGAACCUACAACUACAACUGAAGAGCCAACCACAACCACACAAUCUACAACACCACCAACUGAACCUACUACUACCACAACCAAAGAGCCAACUACAACCACACAAUCUACAACCCCACCAACUGAACCUACUACGACCACAACUAAAGAGCCAACCACAACCACACAAUCUACAACCCCACCAACUGAACCUACUACUACAACAACCGAAGAGCCAACCACAACUAUAAAAUCUACAACACCAUGUAUUACAACGUGUGAGUGGUCAGAGUGGUAUGAUGUGUAUAAACCAGGAAAGGACAAAAGUGACUGGGAAACAUAUGAGAACAUCAUAAAUAGUGGUAAACAAAUGUGUGAAAAUCCCACAGAAAUUGAUUGUAGAUCAACAAUUGAUCCUGACAAAGACUUCAAUGAUUUUGUGAGUGAAACUGGCCAGGUUGUUACUUGCGAUGUGGGAUAUGGUUUAAUAUGUAAACAAGAGGAUCAGAUCAAACGUCCAUUUAAGUGUUUCAACUAUAAAAUCAGAGUAUGUUGUGAGGUAGAGAUAUGUCCAGCCACAACCCAUUCAACCCCAUUAACUACACCUCCCACUACAACUGAAGAGCCAACCACAACCACAAAAUCUACAACCCAACCAACUAAACCUACAACCACAACUGAAGAGCCAACCACAACCACACAAUCUACAACACCACCAACUGAACCUACAACUACAACUGAAGAGCCAACCACAACCACACAAUCUACAACACCACCAACUGAACCUACAACUACAACUGAAGAGCCAACCACAACCACAAAAUCUACAACCCCACCAACUGAACCUACAACCACAACUGAAGAGCCAACCACAACCACACAAUCUACAACACCACCAACUGAACCUACAACUACAACUGAAGAGCCAACCACAACCACAAAAUCUACAACCCCACCAACUGAACCUACAACCACAACCACACAAUCUACAACACCACCAACUAAACCUACAACUACAACUGAAGAGCCAACUACAACCACAACAUCUACAACCACACCAACUGAACCUACUACUACCACAAUAACUGAAGAGCCAACUACAACCACACAAUCUACAACACCACCAACUGAACCUACUACUACCACAACCAAAGAGCCAACUACAACCACACAAUCUACAACCCCACCAACUGAACCUACUACUACAACAACCGAAGAGAUAACCACAACCACAAAAUCUACAGCCCCACCAACUGAACCUACAACCACAACUGAAGAGCCAACCACAACCACACAAUCUACAACACCACCAACUGAACCUACAUCCACAACUGAAGAGCCAACCACAACUACACAAUCUACAACACCACCAACUAAACCUACUACUACAACUGAAGAGCCAACUACAACCACAAAAUCUACAACCACACCAACUGAACCUACUACUACCACAACCAAAGAGCCAACUACAACCACACAAUCUACAACCCCACCAACUGAACCUACUACUACAACAACCGAAGAGAUAACCACAACCACAAAAUCUACAGCCCCACCAACUGAACCUACAACCACAACUGAAGAGCCAACCACAACCACACAAUCUACAACACCACCAACUGAACCUACAUCCACAACUGAAGAGCCAACCACAACUACACAAUCUACAACACCACCAACUAAACCUACUACUACAACUGAAGAGCCAACUACAACCACAAAAUCUACAACCACACCAACUGAACCUACUACUACCACAACAACUGAAGAGCCAACUACAACCACAAAAUCUACAACCCCACCAACUGAACCUACUACUACAACAACAACUGAAGAGCCAGCCACAACCACACAAUCUACAACACCACCAACUGAACCUACUACUACCACAACCAAAGAGCCAACUACAACCACACAAUCUACAACCCCACCAACUGAACCUACUACGACCACAACUAAAGAGCCAACCACAACCACACAAUCCACAACCCCACCAACUGAACCUACUACUACAACAACCGAAGAGCCAACCACAACCACAAAAUCUACAACCCCACCAACUGAACCUACAACCACAACUGAAGAGCCAACCACAACCACACAAUCUACAACACCACCAACUGAACCUACAACCACAACUGAAGAGCCAACCACAACCACACAAUCUACAACACCACCAACUGAACCUACAACCACAACUGAAGAGCCAACCACAACCACACAAUCUACAACACCACCAACUAAACCUACUACUGGAACUGAAGAGCCAACUACAACCACAAAAUCUACAACCCCACCAACUAAACCUACUACUACAACAACCGAAGAGAUAACCACAACCACAAAAUCUACAGCCCCACCAACUGAACCUACAACCACAACUGAAGAGCCAACCACAACCACACAAUCUACAACACCACCAACUGAACCUACGUCCACAACUGAAGAGCCAACCACAACUACACAAUCUACAACACCACGAACUAAACCUACUACUACAACUGAAGAGCCAACUACAACCACAAAAUCUACAACCACACCACCUGAACCUACUACUACCACAACAACUGAAGAGCCAACUACAACCACAAAAUCUACAACCCCACCAACUGAACCUACUACUACAACAACAACUGAAGAGCCAACCACAACCACACAAUCUACAACACCACCAACUGAACCUACUACUACCACAACCAAAGAGCCAACUACAACCACACAAUCUACAACCCCACCAACUGAACCUACUACGACCACAACUAAAGAGCCAACCACAACCACACAAUCUACAACCCCACCAACUGAACCUACUACUACAACAACCGAAGAGCCAACCACAACCACAAAAUCUACAAGCCCACCAACUGAACCUACAACCACAACUGAAGAGCCAACCACAACCACACAAUCUACAACACCACCAACUGAACCUACAACCACAACUGAAGAGCCAACCACAACCACACAAUCUACAACACCACCAACUGAACCUACGUCCACAACUGAAGAGCCAACCACAACUACACAAUCUACAACACCACAAACUAAACCUACUACUACAACUGAAGAGCCAACUACAACCACAAAAUCUACAACCACACCACCUGAACCUACUACUACCACAACAACUGAAGAGCCAACUACAACCACAAAAUCUACAACCCCACCAACUGAACCUACUACUACAACAACAACUGAAGAGCCAACCACAACCACACAAUCUACAACACCACCAACUGAACCUACUACUACCACAACCAAAGAGCCAACUACAACCACACAAUCUACAACCCCACCAACUGAACCUACUACGACCACAACUAAAGAGCCAACCACAACCACACAAUCUACAACCCCACCAACUGAACCUACAACCACAACUGAAGAGCCAACCACAACCACACAAUCUACAACACCACCAACUGAACCUACAACCACAACUGAAGAGCGAACCACAACCACACAAUCUACAACACCACCAACUGAACCUACAACCACAACUGAAGAGCCAACCACAACCACACAAUCUACAACACCACCAACUAAACCUACUACUGAAACUGAAGCGCCAACUACAACCACAAAAUCUAUAACCCCACCAACUGAACCUACUACUACAACAACAACAACAACAACAACUGAAGAACCAACCACAACCACACAAUCUACAACACCACCAACUGAACCUACUACUACCACAACCAAAGAGCCAACCACAACCACAAAACCUACAACCCCACCAACUGAACCUACUACAACCACAACCAAAGAGCCAACCACAACCACACAAUCUACAACCCCACCAACUGAACCUACUACUACCACAACCAAAGAGCCAACCACAAUCACACAAUCUACAACACCACCAACUAAACUUACAACUACAACUGAAGAGCCAACUACAACCACAACAUCUACAACCACACCAACUGAACCUACUACUACCACAGUAACUGAAGAGCCAACUACAACCACACAAUCUACAACACCACCAACUGAACCUACUACUACCACAACCAAAGAGCCAAGUACAACCACACAAUCUACAACCCCACCAACUGAACCUACUACUACAACAACCGAAGAGAUAACCACAACCACAAAAUCUACAGCCCCACCAACUGAACCUACAACCACAACUGAAGAGCCAACCACAACCACACAAUCUACAACACCACCAACUGAACCUACAUCCACAACUGAAGAGCCAACCACAACUACACAAUCUACAACACCACGAACUAAACCUACUACUACAACUGAAGAGCCAACUACAACCACAAAAUCUACAACCACACCAACUGAACCUACUACUACCACAACAACUGAAGAGCCAACUACAACCACAAAAUCUACAACCCCACCAACUGAACCUACUACUACAACAACAACUGAAGAGCCAACCACAACCACACAAUCUACAACACCACCAACUGAACCUACUACUACCACAACCAAAGAGCCAACUACAACCACACAAUCUACAACCCCACCAACUGAACCUACUACGACCACAACUAAAGAGCCAACCACAACCACACAAUCUACAACCCCACCAACUGAACCUACUACUACAACAACCGAAGAGCCAACCACAACCACAAAAUCUACAACCCCACCAACUGAACCUACAACCACAACUGAAGAGCCAACCACAACCACACAAUCUACAACACCACCAACUGAACCUACAACCACAACUGAAGAGCCAACCACAACCACACAAUCUACAACACCACCAACUGAACCUACAACCACAACUGAAGAGCCAACCACAACCACACAAUCUACAACACCACCAACUGAACCUACUACUACCACAACCGAAGAGCCAACCACAACCACAAAAUCUACAACCACACCAACUGAACCUACCACCACAACUGAAGAGACUACAACCACUACAGGUCCAACUACUGUAUCAACACAUUUAACAACAUUUAAAACACCUGUCACUGCUCCACCAUUAUCGCCAUCAGUGCCUCCACCAACUCGCCCCCAAAUCUCUACCACUACAGAAUGUUUCUGCUUUGUUGAUGAAACAUAUUAUAGACCAGGGGAUGUAAUAUUAGACAUGAAAGACAUUGGAUCAGGUGUAUGUCUCACAAUGAUAUGUUCUGAUAUUUGUGAGAUUCAUAACACGACAGAAAUUUGCAAGACCACAACCAUUCCUACACCCACUCCCACAACACCUAUACCUACCUGCCCUGAAUGGAAUGUAACACAAAAUGAGACCUUCUUUUUGUGCAACUGCACCAUGGCCAGAUGCAUUGAGAACUAUACAAUUGAAAUAAUUCUAAAUGAAUGUCCACCCCUUGAGAACAUCACUUGUGCCAAUGGAAAGACACCAGUUCUUGUGUAUGAUGAGCACCACUGCUGCCAGUAUUAUGCUUGUGACUGUGUAUGUGAAGGCUGGGGAGAUCCUCAUUACAUUACAUUUGAUGGAUUGUACUACAGUUAUCAAGGAAACUGUACUUACGUCUUGAUGGAAGAGAUUUUACCAAAAUAUAACUUGAACAUUUAUAUUGACAAUGUCUUGUGUGAUCCCACUGAAGAUGUUUCUUGUCCACGAUCAAUAAUGAUUCAAUACCAAUGGGAAGUUGUCACACUCGUAAAUCAUAACCUUCUUGGAGCAGCACAGUUGGAGGCACUGAAAAACGGAGUACGUCUGAAACUACCUUAUUCACAACAAGGUGUUAGGAUCUUGGACUCUGGCAUUAACUUGGUUUUGGAGAUCCCUCGCUUAAAAGUGGUCAUUACAUUUGGAAUAACUGGCUUUAGUGUGACCCUUCCAUAUCAAUACUUUGGCAGUAACACACAGGGUCAUUGUGGAACAUGCAAUAACAAACAGGCUGAUGACUGCAGGUUGCCUGGAGGCCAGCUGGUGAAAAAUUGUGCCGUGAUGGCCGACUAUUGGCCUGCAAAACACAUUAACCAACCCAACUGCCACAUACCUUCUGUUUUGCCCACCAAUAUGCCUGAACCUCCACCAACCCUAACUCCAUGCAAGCCAGAUUCCAUAUGUCACCUGCUUAAGAGCAGUCUCUUUGCAGCGUGCCAUCCCUUUGUCUCUCCUGACAAUUUCUAUCGAGGUUGUGUUUUUGAUAGCUGCCAUGUUUCCAACCCAGCAGUAGAUUGUACAAGUUUGCAGACUUAUGCUGCUGCCUGUGCUCAGGCUGGGGUUUGUCUGCACUGGAGGAACCACACCAGGUUGUGUGCAAGUGACUGCCCAUCAAACAAAGUUUACAAGCCAUGUGGUCCUGCAGAACAGCCAACCUGUGAAGACAAUUCUAAUGAACCAACCAUGAACUACACUACCGAGGGCUGCUUUUGUCCUGAUGGAAUGAAACUCUUCAACAAAGACUCUGGCAUAUGUGUUAAUACAUGUGGAUGUCUUGAUCCUGAGGGCAUUCCUCGUCAGUUUAAUGAGAGGUUUGAGUACAAAUGCCAAAACUGCAUUUGUGAGGAGUCCACCAAGACUGUGACUUGCAAGCCAAAGGCAUGCCCAACACCACCUAUAACAAAUUGCACUGGUCCCGGGUUUGUCCUCAUCAACCAAACUAUGCCAUCAGACCACUGCUGUUCUGCUUUAGUUUGCCAAUGCCACAGCAACACUUGCCCAAUCACCAACAUGAACUGUCCGGUAGGGUAUAUGCCAGUUGUCAGUGUUCCUGAGGGAAGAUGCUGUCCAGAACAUAGAUGUGAGCCUAAAAGAGUUUGUGUCCACAAAGACAAUGAAUACCAGCCUGGCUCUUCAGUUCCUGCACCUCUAUGUCAGGAUUGUGCCUGCACCAAUGAGGUGGACCCCGGUUCUGGUCUAUUCAAGAUACGUUGUGAGUUUCAGAAAUGUCAAGAAGACUGUGACACGGGAUAUGAAUAUGUGGAAACUGAUUCAGGUGAAUGCUGUGGAAAGUGUGUACAGACACACUGUGUCGUCAGUGUUAAUGAUACCAAGAAGCUCUUGAAGCCAGGAGAGACCUGGUCACCAACUGAGAAUAAGUGUCAGCAUUACACCUGUAUUGAGGUCGGUGACACUUUAACAACGUUCAAUUCACAAAUUGUCUGCCCGCCAUUCCAGCAGAGCAACUGCCAACCUGGCACAAUUCAGACUGCAGCAAAUGGCUGUUGUAAAAUCUGUGUGGAGAGGGAGAAGGCCUGCAAGGUAGUAUCCAUGAAAGCACACAUUAUGCACAAGGGCUGUCAGUCCUACCAGGAGGUAGAUAUGCCAUAUUGUGAAGGAUCCUGCAACACUUUCACCAAGUACUCAGAAGCAGCAGCUGCUAUGCAGCAUUCUUGUUCCUGCUGUAGGGAGACUCGCUCCAGCAAUCGCACUGUUGACUUGCACUGCCUGAAUGGAGAUGUGGUUCCCUACUCAUAUAUCCAUGUGGAGGAGUGUGGCUGCGGCCACACAGACUGCACCAGAGCUGCUGCACAACCCGUGCGUAGGAGGCAACGCUCCACACUGGUGUAAACUGAAUGUGGGAUGUAAAAGUUUCUUCCCAUAUUGUCUUAACAAUCAUUACAUCUCUUACAAAGCAAUUGCUUUUGUAGAGAGAAUAUUUAUCAAUUAAUCAAAUAAAAAUAUGCAACUCUGUU